AUUUGAACUCUGCUCAUAAGCCACUGAAUUCCCCUCUGCCAUUACCCCUCCAUCAUCAUCGUCAACGACUGAGCCUCGUUACUCCUUCAACAACACAACACCACUUUCAACCAUCACCAUGUCCAGUUCCGGAAAAGGCUAUACCUACACUGGCUCCGGCACCAACAGCCAGGGAAACCACUGGUGUUCCCGCGACUACGGCAGCGGAGCUUCCAACUCGAACUCGUACCACUACUCCAAUAGUAACGGCUCGUACUACUACUCCAAUCCGAAUGGAAGUACCUAUUAUAAUAAUGGCAAUGGGGGUUCGACCUAUACUCCUCCUUCGGGGGGGAAGAAAUGAGCAUUUUGCGUGGAAUGCGGUGUUGAGGGGGGUGAUGGGCUUAUGAGAUAUGUCUACUGGGGGUUGGAGUUUAGCUGUGCAUUGAUAGG